AGUCGUGGGGCAUAUAGAUCUGGUGUGGACUGUCUUUUCCUGAGACUGUAAACACUUGUGCAGAAUGUCCGAGAGCAAGAAAAAAGGGAAAGGAAAGAGCAAAAAGAACAAAGAAGGGAAAAAAGGGGAAAGAGAACCUGACCCAGGAAAAGCUGUUCCUCCCAAACUGAAGAAACUGAAAAGCCCAAAUGUUCAUGUGGGUGAGAAGAUUUCCCUGAAAUGUGAGGCGACUGCUGGAAACCCUCAGCCAUCCUACAAGUGGUUUAAAGAUGGGAAAGAGCUGAAGAAGAGCAAAGACAUCCGGAUCAAGUAUGGGAAUGGGAAAAAGAUUUCCAGACUGCAGUUCAACAAGGUGAAGCUGGAAGAUGCUGGGGAGUACAGCUGCGAAGCCGAGAACGUUUUAGGGAAAGACACCGCAAAAGGCAGCCUGAAUGUGAAAAGUGGAACAACGAAAGCACCACAAGUCUUACCAGCCUCAGAAACUAAAAUAGUUGUUAUGGAAGAAGAGUUAACCACAACUCUCUCCUCCUGGUCCGGGCACGCCAGAAAAUGCAACGAAACAGCCAAGUCCUAUUGUGUCAAUGGAGGGGUGUGCUACUACAUCGAGGGGAUUAAUCAGCUGUCGUGCAAAUGUCCAAAUGGAUUCUUCGGACAGAGAUGUUUGGAGAAACUGCCUUUGCGAUUGUACAUGCCAGAUCCUGGGCAAAAAGCAGAGGAGCUCUACCAGAAGAGGGUUUUAACCAUCACGGGAAUCUGUGUUGCCUUGCUCGUGGUGGGCAUCGUCUGUGUGGUAGCUUACUGUAAAACCAAGAAACAAAGAAAACAGAUGCACAACCACUUGCGGCAGAACAUGUGUCCUGCUCAUCAGAACCGGAGCCUUGCGAACGGGCCAAGCCAUCCACGUUUGGAUCCUGAGGAAAUCCAGAUGGCUGAUUAUAUUUCUAAGAAUGUUUCUGCCACCGAGCACGUGAUCCGAAGGGAAACAGAGACAACCUUUUCGGGAAGUCACUCCUGCUCCCCAUCUCACCACUGCUCCACAGCCACUCCAACAUCCAGCCAGAGACACGAAAGCCACACCUGGAGCCUGGAGCGAACAGAGAGCCUGACUUCAGACUCGCAGUCUGGGAUCAUGCUGUCCUCGGUGGGAACCAGCAAGUGCAACAGCCCCGCGUGCGUGGAGGCGCGGGCUCGGCGCGGGGCCACCUUCUGCAUCGAGGAGCAGCGCAGGCCCACCACGCAGUACCGCGACUCCGUGGAUUCCCUGCGGGACUCGCCCCACAGCGAGAGGUACGUGUCGGCCCUGACCACACCAGCACGCCUGUCGCCCGUUGACUUCCACUACUCGAUGACCACGCAGGUGCCCACCUUCGAGAUCACCUCCCCGAACUCGGCGCACGCCGUGUCCCUGCCGCCGGCGGCCCCCAUCAGCUUCCGCGUGGAGGAGCAGCAGCCCCUCCUGCGGCGCUACCAGCUCCCCUUCCAGGACACGCAGAGGUACGACAGCUACUACCAAAGGAAGACCUACCUAAACGACAGCAUGGGGAGCCUGCCCUCCAGCCCCUUCCGCAUCACAGAGGACGACGAGUACGAGACGACGCAGGAGUACGUCACAGCGCUAGAGCAGCCAAAGAAAACAGCCAGCAGCAACAGGCGGUGGAAAAAAUCCAAACUGAACGGGCACAUCCCUCACAGAGCCAGAGCCGUCCGGGACUCCUUCUCCUUGAGCAGCGCCUCUUACAGCGAGUCUGACGAGGAGCUGGUGGCCGAGAGCACCCCGUUCCUUAGCACUCAGAACAAUGAGGCGGCGCACGGCGAGUCGCCGCCGCCGCACCGGCCGGGCGACGGCCGGACUCACUACUCGUGCCGCGGGCACGGCGCGCACGGCGAGGGCGGCCGCGGCAGCCUGGGGCACGCGGCGCCCAAAGCGGACCCCGACCCUCUCUAGGCGCCCCCCGCGCCGCCACCCGCACGGAGGAGGCCGAGGCGAGGCGGGCAAAACCACGCGGAGCGAAACGAAACGGAAGAAAAAAAAAAAAAAAAAACAAAACCGGAAAAAAAAAAUAA